UCUCUCUGACAGCUUCUGUGUGGGGUCUGGGGGUUUAAGGUGUCUCCUGCUAAGGACAGAGCGCAGGAGAUGAGCUGUUGAGCCACGGGACUUAAGGGUGAUUCAACUGUAGAAACCCAGCUACAGAAACGGGGGGAUCUGCCCAACAAGGCUCUCUGUCAACAACAAGAGGUGGGGGGGAGAACUUUUUUUAAUUUUACGGACAAGGUGAGCCCUUUGCGGCGGGGGGCUGAGAGGUAAAGAUGGAGAACGCACACACCAAAACCACAGAGGAAUGUUUGGCCUAUUUUGGGGUCAAUGAGAAUACAGGUCUGUCUACUGAUCAGGUCAAGAAGAACUUUGAAAAGUUUGGACCCAAUGAGCUCCCAGCAGAGGAAGGAAAGUCCAUUUGGGAACUGGUUGCAGAACAGUUUGAGGAUCUGCUGGUCCGAAUUCUUCUUCUGGCUGCCAUAAUAUCAUUCGUGCUCGCCUUGUUUGAAGAAGGUGAAGAGACCAUCACAGCUUUCGUAGAACCCUUAGUCAUCCUCCUUAUUCUCAUUGCCAAUGCGAUUGUUGGAGUCUGGCAGGAAAGAAAUGCUGAAGAUGCUAUUGAGGCCCUUAAAGAAUAUGAGCCUGAAAUCGGUAAAGUUUACCGUAGCGACAGGAAAUCAGUACAGAGAAUCAAGGCCAGAGAAAUCGUGCCUGGAGAUAUUGUGGAAGUGGCAGUUGGUGACAAAGUCCCUGCUGACAUCAGACUCAUCAGCAUUAAGUCAACCACCAUCCGUAUUGAUCAGUCCAUCUUGACAGGAGAGUCAGUCUCUGUCAUUAAGCACACAGAUGCUGUCCCAGACCUCAGAGCUGUCAACCAGGACAAGAAAAACAUGCUGUUCUCUGGUACCAACGUAGGUUCUGGUAAGGCUAUUGGUGUGGUCAUUGCCACUGGAGCCAACACUGAAAUUGGUAAGAUCCGUGAUGAGAUGGCAGCCACAGAACAGGACAAGACCCCACUUCAACAGAAACUGGAUGAGUUUGGAGAACAGCUGUCCAAGGUUAUCUCUCUCAUUUGCGUUGCUGUCUGGCUGAUUAAUAUUGGACACUUUAAUGACCCCAUCCAUGGUGGCUCUUGGAUCAAAGGCGCUGUUUACUACUUCAAGAUUGCAGUGGCUCUGGCUGUAGCUGCUAUCCCCGAAGGUCUCCCCGCUGUAAUUACAACUUGUCUGGCCCUGGGUACAAGACGUAUGGCCAAAAAGAAUGCCAUUGUAAGGAGCUUGCCCUCUGUAGAAACUCUGGGUUGUACCUCUGUCAUCUGCUCCGACAAGACUGGCACCCUGACCACCAACCAGAUGUCCGUCUGCAAGAUGUUCGUUAUCGAUAAAGUUGAUGGAGAUGCCUGCUCUCUGAACGAAUUUUCCAUCACUGGUUCCACCUAUGCCCCAGAGGGAGAAGUUUUGAAGAAUGAUAAGCCUGUGAAGGCCGGCCAGUAUGAUGGUCUAGUCGAGUUGGCUACAAUCUGUGCACUUUGCAAUGACUCUUCUCUUGACUUCAAUGAGUCCAAAGGAGUAUUUGAAAAGGUCGGAGAAGCCACAGAAACUGCCCUGACAACUUUGGUUGAGAAGAUGAACGUGUUUAACACCGAAGUUAGAAGUCUGACUAAAGUAGAGCGUGCCAAUGCUUGCAACUCUGUAAUCAAACAGCUGAUGAAGAAAGAAUUCACCCUUGAAUUCUCCCGAGACAGAAAGUCUAUGUCUGUCUUCUGCUCCCCUGCCAAAUCAUCUCGUGCUGCUGUUGGAAAUAAGAUGUUUGUCAAGGGUGCCCCAGAGGGUGUGAUUGACAGGUGUAACUAUGUUCGUGUUGGCACAACCCGCGUUCCCUUCACCCCUGCUAUCAAGGAAAAGAUCCUUUCUGUGAUCAAGGAGUGGGGCACAGGCAGAGACACCCUACGUUGUCUGGCUCUAGCCACAAGAGACACUCCACCAAAGAGAGAAGAUAUGUUGCUGGAAGACUCCACCAAAUUCGCUGAAUAUGAGGCUGAUUUGACCUUUGUUGGCUGCGUGGGUAUGUUGGACCCCCCUCGUAAAGAAGUUGUGGGCUCAAUCCAACUGUGCCGUGAAGCUGGAAUCCGUGUCAUAAUGAUCACUGGUGACAACAAGGGCACAGCUAUUGCCAUCUGCCGCCGUAUUGGUAUCUUUGGUGAAAAUGACGAUGUGUCUGGACGUGCCUACACUGGACGUGAGUUUGAUGACCUGCCCCCUGCAGAACAGAGAGAAGCUGUCAAACGUGCUUCCUGCUUUGCCAGAGUUGAGCCAACACACAAAUCCAAGAUUGUAGAGUUCCUGCAGUCCUUUGAUGAAAUCACAGCUAUGACUGGUGAUGGUGUCAAUGAUGCCCCUGCUCUGAAGAAGGCUGAGAUUGGUAUUGCUAUGGGCUCUGGUACUGCUGUGGCUAAGACAGCCUCUGAGAUGGUGUUGGCUGAUGAUAACUUCUCCACCAUUGUGGCCGCAGUAGAAGAGGGUCGUGCUAUCUACAACAACAUGAAACAAUUUAUCCGCUACCUCAUCUCCUCCAACGUAGGAGAGGUUGUCUGUAUCUUCCUGACUGCUGCUCUUGGACUUCCUGAGGCUCUGAUCCCUGUACAGCUGCUCUGGGUAAACCUGGUUACAGAUGGUCUGCCAGCCACAGCCCUGGGCUUCAAUCCCCCUGAUCUUGACAUCAUGGACAGACCACCCCGUAGCCCCAAAGAGCCCCUUAUUAGUGGAUGGCUGUUUUUCCGUUACAUGGCCAUUGGAGGUUAUGUGGGCGCUGCCACAGUGGGAGCAGCUGCUUGGUGGUUCAUGUAUUCUGAUGAUGGACCUGAAGUAUCCUUCUACCAGCUGAGCCACUUCAUGCAGUGCACAGAAGAUAACCCUGACUUUGAGGGUCUGGAAUGUCACGUCUUUGAAUCUCCAGUGCCCAUGACAAUGGCCUUGUCAGUACUUGUCACCAUUGAAAUGUGCAAUGCUCUCAACAGUCUGUCAGAAAACCAGUCACUGAUCAGGAUGCCCCCAUGGGUGAAUAUCUGGCUGUUGGGCUCCAUCUGCCUCUCCAUGUCCCUCCACUUCCUUAUCCUCUAUGUUGACCCACUCCCUAUGAUCUUCAAGUUGACCCCACUUGAUGUUUCUAAGUGGCUCGUUGUCCUUAAAAUUUCCUUCCCUGUCAUCCUAUUGGACGAAGUUUUGAAAUUCGUCGCUCGUAACUACUUGGAACCAUAAUCCUUUCCUCUCCACCUCCCCGUUCCUGUCUAACAGAAAAAGAAAUUGCAAAGUAAAAGGAUUUCAACUUUUUACUGAAAAGAUAAGAUCUCAGCCCAAAACCCCUUUCCUAUUUCUUCCUUUUUUUUGUUUCAUUUUUUCUUCCUCCUUCCACCCUCAUCACUAUCAGUGCCAAAGCUACCCACUUUUUUUCAACAAAGCCUUCAGGCCCUGGGGUUCAAAAGUUGCAGCAAAGGCGCUACAGGAUUUUUUUGGGCUGUUUAUCUAUGCCUUUUUAAGUCGUGCUUCCAUUAUUGUCUCUUUUUAUAGCGCUCCCCUCCCUUUAACAAGCCAAGUAUUCAUCAUUCAACCUGGAGCAUUCUAACGAUGGACGAGUCUCUCUCUCUCCUGCAUAAGAGGAAAAACAUAGUCUGUGUUUUGUAAAAUGCAGAGUCACAUUAACCUGCUGUCAGUCUUCAGAGGGAGUUGCAGCUUGUAGCAAAAAUACGGAAGCGAGAAAACCAAAUGAAAACUGUUCUAGUUAUUUAUUAAAAUUAAACAUUAAGUUAAACUCUAAA